GCCCAUGCUGAAAAAGAAGAAGACUUCUGGGACUCUGUACUCUGGAGUGAUGAGACCAAGAUAAAUGUUUUUGGAACUGAUGGCUUCAAAUCUAUGGUGUCACAAAGGAGAGGAGUACAAAAAAAAAUGCAUGGUGCCUACAGUGAACAUAAUGUCCUUCUGUGGGGCUGCAUGAGUGCUGCUUGUGUUGGGGAGAUGCAUUUCAUUGAAGGUAUUAUGAAUUCACAGAUGUACUGGUCUAUAUUGAAAGAGAAGUUUUUCAACAUGACAGUUAUCCAAAACACACAUCUAAGGCCACUGUUGCAUUUCUGA